AUGAAGACGUUGUCGCUCCUUCCCGCCGUCUCGGCGAUAUUGGCUCUCGUCGACGCGCAAACGACCGCGACAUCGACCUCCAGCGUGCAGGCUCCUCGAGUUACAUCAUCCGCUAGAGCUUUCUUUAUCUAUGAUACCCAUCCGACCGGGAGUCUCGAAGCAUCUGUCGUUGCGUACGAGCGCGAGACGGCAACAUACCAAGUUGUGUGCCCAACGGCCGAUGCAGCCUGCCAAAAGGAGGGUUACUGGCCGGCCAACGUCACCCACAUUGAGGGCUCUAGCUGGGUCGGAAGCAAUACGGCCACGUCCGGCAUCGUGAAAUAUUGGGACUGCCGGCUCGGCACUGGCGGCCGUCCCGUGAUUUCAGAUCAGUAUGGACGGUGCCACGUAUCAACGUCAACCCCCUCGCUCAGGACCGGGACUGUGGAUGAGGAGCUCGCCGUCAACACAUGCUUUGUGGAGGCGCGCUCUGUCGUUGUGGCCAUUACUGCAGGAUUGGAGAAGGUCGAGGCAGUCCACCCGAUACUCACGGAAUCCGAGUGUCGCAACUGGUACGGGAACGGGUGUGGGAACGGGCUCGACGACAGGUGCGGCAAGUGGCACGGCAACAGGCACGGCGGCGACUGGUGCGGCAUCGGGUGCGGCGACUAG